ACCCACCUUGUUCAAUGAGGCACUUCACGAGGAUCUGGGUCCGAGGUAACCUACUUAGGGUACCUGUUAAGAGAAGGCCAGCGGUGGCUCACUGAUGCACGGACGGAAACCGUCCUCCGCAUCCCCCGACCCACAACGCAAAGGCAGGUGAGAGAAUUCCUGGGAUCGGCCGGGUUCUGCUGCUUGUGGAUACCUCGGUUCGCCGAGAUGGCUAAGCCUCUUUACCUGGUCACCCGAGAACAGGCGCCCUUCGAGUGGACAGAGGAAACUGAGCAGGCUUUCCAACAAAUUAAACUCGCCCUGUUGUCAGCGCCAGCCUUAGGGCUCCCCGAUGUCUCCAAACCCUGUCAUCUCUUCGUAGAUGAAAACAAGGGGGUAGCCAAAGCAGUGCUGACACAACUCCUUGGUCCAUGGCCCAGGCCCAUUGCCUAUCUUUCAAAAAGACUAGACCCAGUAGCGGCUGCCUGGCCCCCUUGCCUCCGUAUGAUCGCUGCUACAGCUCUAAUGGUAAAGGAUGCUGAUAAGUUAACUAUGGGACAGGAGUUACAUGUUACAACCCCUCAUGCCAUCGAGGGAGUCCUCAAACAACCUCCUGACCGAUGGAUAAGUAACGCCCGACUGGUUCACUACCAGGGACUAUUAUUAAAUCCCCUCAGAAUCAUUUAUGCUCCCCCCCGAACACUAAACCCUGCCUCCCUGUUACCAGACCCGGACUUAGAUACCCCCCUCCAUGACUGCACUGAGAUAUUGGCACAGGUUCAUGGAGUUCAGGAAGAUUUACAGGAUCACCCUCUACCAGACGCCGAGGUUACCUGGUUCACUGACGGCAGCAGCUUUGUACAUCAGGGUCAAAGGUACGUGGGGGCAGCAGUCACAACUGAAACUGAGACUGUUUGGGCAGAGACUUUGCCAGCUGGCACCUCUGCCCAACGGGCUGAACUUGUGGCCUUAACCAAGGCACUGACUUUGGGAAAAGGCAAGAGACUAAAUGUGUAUACCGAUAGCAGAUAUGCUUUUGCUACGGCCCACAUACAUGGAGCUAUAUACAGAGAGAGGGGACUAUUAACUGCAGAGGGGAAAACUAUCAAAAACAAAGAAGAAAUAUUGGCUCUUUUGAAGGCACUCUGGCUGCCUAAACGACUAGCCAUCAUACAUUGCCCAGGCCACCAAAAACCGAUCACACCGGUGGCUAGAGGAAAUAAUUUGGCUGACCAGGUGGCCCGAGAGGCGGCCUUACAGGUGGACUGUGCUUUAAUGACCACCCUACCAGACCCCUGUUCAGCUAGUUUACCAGAAAAUCCCGCCUACACUGAAGAAGACCUAAACUGGAUCCAAAAAUUACCUUUAGCUCAGUGCCUUAACGGCUGGUGGAGAGCAGCAGACUGUAGCAUAAUCCUCCCAGAAGAAAUGGGAAAUAAAGUCUUAUCCAAGAUGCACCGAGCCACUCAUAUGGGCACAAGAAAAAUGCAAGACUUAAUAAGACAUGCUAGGAUCACCAUUAGAGACUCCAGGACAAAAAUUGAACAGAUAGUUACUAGCUGUAAAGCUUGCCAACUAACUAACGCCACCAACCACGGGAAAAACCCUGGCUCCAGAACCCACGGAACCAGGCCGGGAGCCUAUUGGGAAGUAGACUUCACUGAGGGAAAGCCUGGAAAAUAUGGAUAUAAAUAUUUGCUAGUGUUUAUAGAUACCUUUUCAGGAUGGACAGAGGCCUUCCCCACCAAACAUGAGACUGCGCAGGUAGUAGCAAAAAAAAUGUUGGAAGACAUCAUGCCCGGGUACGGAUUCCCUACCCUAAUAGGAUCAGACAACGGACCAGCGUUCGUUUCAAAGGGAACUCCAGCACACCCACCAGGAAGUUUGGCGAGAUUGAGAGCCAUUUAUGAGAACGGGCCCCCUCCUGAGCCUCAUCACUACCGACCCGGAGUUUGGGUGUACAUGCGGAGACACAAGCAAGAGACCCUCCAACCACGGUGGAAGGGACCUUACAUUGUGAUCCUGACUAUGCCCACCGCUCUCAAAGUCGACGGGAUUGCUGCCUGGAUCCAUUACACCCACGUCCGACCAGCUGAUCCCUUUGCAGUUCGAGAAGACUUCGUCCUGGAAGCCAACACCGCCUGGACAGUUGACCAGAGUAAGACCCAUCCUUUAAAAUUAACUCUGCGCCGAAGACCCAGACCGGCUCCUGACCCAUAAUGACAAAAGGAACAUUCAUCAGCAUACUCCUACUCACUUCCUACGGACUGAUAAGUAUUGCGGGCAACCCUCAUAUACCCUAUACCUUAACAUGGGAAAUUACUAAUUUAGAAACUCAUGAAGUCUAUAAUACCACCACAAAACCAGAUACCCCCUAAAAUUCUUGGUGGCCCGACCUAUUUUUCAACCUAGAGGAUGUAGCUGUCUCCAUGGGAUUACUCCCCAGCAUACCUGGGGAACGAGGAGCUCUAAGCCAGAAGGGAUUCUAUGCAUGCCCAGGGUUCGGACAGAACGCUGACACCACAUGUGGAGGAAUUUUAAAGUACUACUGUAAGUCCUGGAGUUGCAUCACUUCCAAUGAUGGGAACUCCAAAUGGAAAGUAAACCCCCAUUAUGUUGACAUGACAUUUGCUAGCCCCUGCCCCAAACGCAAGCUAGCAGGUCAAUAUUUUGGAACAGGUCCCUGUAACCUUAUCCGCAUUAAAUUUCUAGAAGACGGGAAAAAAGAUACUAGAUGGACCACUGGGCUUAAUUGGGGAAUCUAUUUAUAUCGGGGACCACCCUACUAUGCAACUGUUAUUCAGAUAAAACUGAAGGCAGAACCCAAGACUCUACCAACCCUAGUAGGGCCAAACCAACUGGUAGGGCCCCCGAAUAAGACCGACCUUACCCAACGGCCCACAGAUAAGAGCGCUAAUCCUCCCAAUUCUCCGACCACUCAAGCAGUCCCUAUAGUCAGGACUACUUCAAAAAAAGAAAACCCCUUCCCACAACCCCUCCGUUAACCCUGGGGGCUCAUCAAAAAUUCAAUCCCCAUUUAAAAAUGACCCCUUAUGGGCAAUGAUAAAUUCCGCUUACCAGGCCUUAAACCAUACUAACCCUAAGGAGACAGAAGCUUGUUGGCUAUGCUAUUCUAUACAACCUCCAUUUAACGAAUCAGUAGCAAUAGUAGGAAACUAUAGCACCGCAGACAACUCAGACUCUUGCAAUUGGGGACCGAGAAGACCCGGCCUCACACUACCAGUACUUACAGGAAAUGGGACAUGUAUAGGAACAGUGCCAACAAAAUAUAGCCACUUAUGCAUAAGUAACAGAAGUAUAUUCAAUACUUCAGAAAAUUGGAUUAUUCCACCAGAUAACUCAUGGUAGCUUUGUUCUCAUGCGGGAUUAACUCCUUGCCUCUAUAAAGAUAUGUUCAAUCAGUGAGAAUUCUGUGUAAUGGUAAUUGUGUUCCCAAAAAUCAUAUACCACACAACUGAGUAUGUAGACCAGAUGUGGAUAGCACCCAAAAGAGUGACUAAGAGAGAACUCAUUACUGCAGGGGCUCUAACUCUGGCCACCAUAUGUGGACUCGGGGCCAUCGGAACCGGGACAGGGAUCUCUGCCUUAACAAUACAAAACAAGGGAUUUAGUAUACUUAGGGAAGUGGUUGACAGAGAUAUAGAAAAAAUAGAGACUGCCAUCACUUUGCUUGAAAAGUCCCUAACCUCCCUCUCAGAAGUAGUUUUACAAAACAGGAGAGGAUUAGACCUGCUGUUCCUACAGCAAGGUGGUCUCUGUGCAGCACUAGGAGAAGAGUGUUGCUUCUAUGCUGAGCACACAGGAAUAGUAAGAGAUUCUAUGGCCAAGGUCCGAGAAGGGCUAAAUAAACGAAAAAAGGAAAGAGAACAGGAGGCAGGAUGGUUUGAAUCCUGGUUCAACGCGUCCCCUUGGUUAACUACCCUGCUCUCCGCUUUACUCGGGCCUCUGGCCAUUCUACUUCUCGCUCUCACAUUAGGCCCCUGCAUCAUAAACAAAAUUAUUAAUUUUGUCCAAGACAGGUUCAAUGCUGUACAAUUAAUGGUCUUACGAACUCAGUACCAACCGCUCGAGACAUUACAAAUAGAAAACUAAAGAUCCAAGAUUGGCUCUUUAGGCACAAGAAAAAGGGGGGAAUGAAAAGAACAGCUUUAAAUGCAAAUGACAGCCCUGCCUUAGUUUAAAGCUAAAGUUCUCUUUUCUGCUUAUUAUGGAUCUUUGAUAAAAAAUACAGUCGCUGAGAAAAGUCUGUUUUGCUUGCUGUUUGCUACGAGCGUUGUGAACCCUUUCCUGAAUGUAACUCACUAUGUAAUAGAGUAAGUUGUGAAACUUCCUACAUGUAGUCUGGUAUGUAAUAGAAUAAGUGAUUGUACAUGAA